UCUUCAGACCCUCACAUUCAUGUACAACAGCUCAGUUCAUGAGACAACAGGAUAUGCGCCUUUUUAUUUGAUGUUUGGACGGACUCCUCGUCUGCCAGUCGAUGUCCUUUUCCGUACUGUUCUGAAUGAUCCAGCUGUGGUCAGCUAUGACAAGUAUGUUGCAUCUCUGACGAAAGAUCUACAAGAUGCUAUGUUAAUAGCUCAGGAACAUGUCAUGAAAGAACAGCACCGUCACACUGAGAUCUACAACAGGAGAGUCAAGGGCCCUACCAUUGAAGUUGGUGACCGUGUAUUAAUGGCUAACAAAAAGGAAAGAGGAAAGAGGAAGACUGCAGAUCGUUGGGAAUCCACUGUGUACACUGUAGUAGACAGGAACACCGAAACACACACUUACAGGAUAUGUGACACAGUCUCUGGACGGGAGAAAGUCGUACACCGUAAUCUGUUGAUGUUGGUGAAUUUCCUGCCUGUGGAAAACACAAGUGUGAUCUAUGACCCAGUCUCAUCUUUGUCUUCUGUUCAGCAGUCAAACCCAAGUGAGGACUCAGUGUCAAUAGUGAGACAAAGUCAUUUGCGUGACGACAUGAGUGAGGACUGUGAUGAUCUAAUUUCUAGCCCGGGAAUUCAGGGAGAACGGAUGGGACGAACAGAGGGAGGGAGAGUUGAAUCUGAUUCCAUAACUGUUCCAGGGCAAGUGGAUUCUGAGGGACGAACUGUAGAGUGGAUUGCACUAUCACCAUUCCCUGAUACCCCGCAAGCUGAGUCAGCUGAUAAUGGAGGAAUAGAAUCAGUUCCUCUUGUCUCUCAAAGUGACCCGGUAAUAUCUGAGGACAAGAUAGGAGACCAGUUCAUGGCCUCUGACUCUUCACCUGUGACAAGCACUGACGGUAGUACAGUUGUUGCCAGCAACAUGGAUGGACAGACUGUUGUAACACAGAUAGACAAAGCUAAUGACAUGGAUAGUGUUGACACAGUAGCUUCUGUUUCACAGUCUGAAAAUCCUAGUACGUUCACACAGGUGAGGUCUAGAUUUGGUCGCAUUCUUAAGCCAGUUGACAGACUAAUUCAAACUAUGUCAAGGCAAGAUAUUAUUCACGCACAUCCGUCUAUGACGGCUAUCUGGAAGUCAGUGUUUUAGGUUUUUCAUGACUAGACUUAGAGUUGAGGUCAUACACACGUUUGGUAACAUUGGUUAUAUGGUCCAAGCUUUUCUGGUGAGCUUUAUUAAAAGAAAUGUUUAUCUGUUUUUGUUUUCCUUACUUUUCUUAGUGGCUUUAGUACACAGUAUACGUGGGUCUUGUGGGGUGUAUAAGGCACCCUACUGCCAGUGGUUGGUUGGAGAGUUUGCGCACCUCUUCUUCCACUUCAUCCUUAUUGGAUACCUUUGGGUUGGCUGUCCUGUAAUUGGUGACCCUCUGUCUAGUGUUAGAAAGUAAUGUACUUAAAGUAUUGCCGCUCAAAUUUGGUGAAAUUCAGGGGAGGUGGGUGUAACAGAGUUAGAAAUGUCAGUUAGUGUUUGUAUGUGAUUUUCACCAUAAUUAAGCAGCUGUAUUGAGUUUGGUGUUUUGGAGCCCUCCUUUGGAGAAACGGUGUACUGCAGCUCUGCUGCGUUUUGUCCUUGUGUUGUUGCCAUACCCGAUCAGAAGCGGGAUGCUUUACAUCGGAUGCUGUUAUAUGUACACCAGUGCCUGAAGGCAUGUUUUGUUCUGAUUUUUCCAAAGGUAUGUUGCUUCAUAUGUUAAAUGUGAAUUAGUUUCAGAAUGAGGAAAUAUUUUCCUGUGUUUAUUUUUCUUAUGUUUAUUUUAUACCCUUCUUGUAUGCUAAAGGUGUAUCCUUCUGUAUGAAUGUUUCUUUUGUAACAAUUUACCAAAGAGAUCAGAAGCGGGAUGCUUUACAUCGGAUGCUGUUAUAUGUACACCAGUGCCUGAAGGCAUGUUUUGUUCUGAUUUUUCCAAAGAUUCUCCAAAGGAAUAAAUGUGAGAAAAGCCAGUUCUGGUUUCAGUCCCUUCACUGCCUGAC